GUCGGGAUUGUUGUAUGUAGUUGACGGCUUGUGUUGAAGCGACGAAAAUGGCCUCCGCAGAACAGGUUGGUCUAAAUAAAACUUGGGAAUUAUCGCUUUAUGAGCUUCAUCGGACACCUCAGGAUGCAAUUACGGAUAACACAGAGAUUGCAGUUAGUCCGCGAAGUUUGCACAGUGAACUUAUGUGUCCAAUAUGUCUAGAUAUGCUCAAAAAAACAAUGACGACAAAGGAGUGUCUACAUCGUUUUUGCUCCGAUUGUAUUAUCACUGCACUUCGAAGCGGUAACAAGGAAUGUCCAACAUGUCGAAAGAAACUUGUAUCAAAACGUUCCCUAAGGCCAGAUCCAAAUUUUGAUUUACUAAUUUCAAAAAUUUAUCCAAGUAGAGAUGAGUAUGAGGCACAUCAAGAACGUGUUUUGGCAAAACUCAAUAAAUCACAUUCACAAGCAGCACUUGUUAAUUCAAUAACUGAAGGUAUAAAACUACAAAGUCAAAAUAGGCCGCAACGUUCGCGAAAAAAUAUUAACGAAUCGGAAAAUACAAGUGGUACAGCAUCGUACAAUAAUACGCCAAAUGUCAGUGCACCAACAACACCUAAUCCAGCAGUAACCGCAGCGAAUCAAAGUGAUUCGUCGCAAAGUGCAACUGGACCAGCAAAUACGAACAAUUCAAAUUCAAAUAGUGCAUCACAACCCGCCAGUAGCCCUGCAGUUUCAGGAUCCACUUCGAGGAAUUCGACUACUCCAUCACCAAAUCCAGCUAAUCAAAUACCAAAGCCAGCGAAACGUCAAAAAAGUCUACAGAAUUCAGAAAAUGAUUCUUCGAGUGCAGAAGCGGAAACUGGAGGAGGUGAUUCAAUGGUUGAUACAGAAGGAGAAGGGCCAAGUGAGCCUUUAAUGCUCAAUGAAAUUGAACUUGUUUUUAAACCACAUCCUACGGAAAUGGCGGGAGAUAAUUCGUUAAUAAAAGCUUUAAAGGAGAAUAGUAUUCGGUAUAUCAAGACAACUGCAAAUGCCACUGUGGACCAUCUCAGCAAAUAUUUGGCAAUGCGAUUAACAUUGGAUCUAGACACGGAAUUAUCAGAAUCGGAUAGGCUUUUGAAUUUCUGCAUAUACAUUGCCCCAUCACCUGGACAACUUGUUGUUUUAAGUGGCUCACAGACGUUGCGGCAAGUGAAUGAUAAAUUUUGGCGAGUAAAUCGACCAUUAGAAAUGUAUUAUUCGUGGAAAAAAACCUAGGGAAGGGCUCGCAAGCCUCAUUCAAAUGGGAGCUAGUCAAAUUUACAGCUCCAACAUUUAAAAAAUAAAAAAAAAACAGAUCGAUGUAAAGAGCUUAAUACAAUAGAUACUAAUCAAAUAGUAUUUACUGGAAAAAAAAAAUAUCAAAAUUUCUCCCGGAAGAAAUCAAGGAAAGAAAUGACGACGUCAAUGUAACGUAGAAAAAAGAUUACGUUUCAAAAUACUAGUGGUAAAAUUUGUGUUUUUUUUUUUUUUUUAAAUUUUUUUUUGUGAGAUUUAAUUUUUUUUCUGACGGAUUUAAAUUGUAAAAUAUAAUUUUUAUUUCCUUCAGUUUUUUUAAGGAGAACUUGGAAGGAAAUUGUAUGUUUCUACCGGUGUUGGAUACCGUUUUUGUAAAUAGCAAAAUCUGUGAACGUGUACCUAAAAAAAAAAAAAAAAAAAAAAAAUGUAAGCAUCGAGGAUGAAAUUUAUUAUUUUUGAGGAAGCAAAUGACAAGGCUGGCUUCGUAUUUGAUAUAUAUAAAUAUAUAAUUGACUGAUAUUCAUCGGGAAUGCUUUACGCACGGGAACACAAAGAAUGAAAAGCUCACGAAUAUUAAUCGUGUUGCAGAAUUUUAUAUUUAUGUGUAGUCGGAAAAAUAAAUACGGUGUUUUCACUUGAGAA